GUUGGGCUGCGAUCGGCCCCGCAGGCGGAGCCGAGCCGCCCCGUCAAGCUUGGCGAGCCGGCGGGCGCCGCUGCUGCUGCCUUGGGGGCCGCGGACGCGGCGGAGCGGGCGGAGGCCGCCUCGGGCGAGGCCGGCGCCGCGUGCGAGAAGGCGGGCGCCCGCCUCGACCUGCUCGAGGCCCGCGUCGCGGAGUGCACCGAGGUGCUCAGGGCGCGGGCGGCCGCUCCUGAGCCUCCGCCACCGCCGCCCACCGAGCCCACGGCGGCUGCCUGGGCCGCGAUCUCGGCGGGCGGCGCGAUGGCGAUGGCCCUGCAGCUGCUGGGCGCAGGCCGGGAGUCGUACUUCACCCAGGACGGCCAGCCCGUCGCGGCGGCGGAGUGGUGCGGUAAGCUGCUCUCGGGCCUCCACGCUGCGAUCUUCUUGUCGGGCGACCCUGACUAUUGGCACGAGCGGAUCCUGUUGUGGCCUGCCAGUGCUGACCUGCCCCCUCGGAGAUGGUUCGUGGCCACGCCCGACGGCGACGUGUACGCCGAGCCGAUCAGGGCGGGCAUGGGCUGGGGUUCUCGCGUCGUCAUUUUGGACUCCUCGGCCAGCAAUGCGGUCAUCCCUGCGGGAACGCGGUAUGCCUUCGAGCCGUUGCCGAGCGAUGGCGACCUCGCUCAGUACGUCACCGAGGCCAUAGAGGAGGCAGCGCUGGACGGGUUUCGCAUCGCCUCCCAGGACGAGCUAAAGUACCUUCGACGUGACGGACAGGAGGUGCUGCUGGGGGACCUGGUGCCACCCCCGCCCCCGUUGCAGGCGGCCGACCUCUUGGCGGAUGUGCCUCCGAGUGAUCACGGGGUCCCACCUGCCUUAGGAGACACGGCUCAGCCUGUGCAAGGGACGGGCACGCCACGCGGCCGCCACGUGCCCGAGCAUGGGCGCGUCUGGGUCAGCCUCGAGACGGUGCCUGGCCAGAUCGCCCGCGAUGACGAGGUGAAGCUCAGCGAGUCCGCCUUGAUCGAUGACGACCGCGCCAUCCAUGUCCUGCCCAGCGGUAAGCGCAUUGCCGCGCGGUUGGCCGACCUUCCCGUGGAGCCGCUGCUUAACGAGUCGGAGUUGGGAGAUGCCAGAACGCUCGGGCCGUUGCGCUACGACUCCCAUGGGCAGCGCCAUCUGGACUAUCGCACGGGUGUUUUGGAGCUCCGCGAGGAGGCCUUGGACGCGUUCCCGCUGAAGGGUGAGCGAUCGUUCUCGUGGCUCCAGCGGCACAUCACCGAGCACGGCGGCACGCCCGACGGCCGGCGCACCAAGUACCUCACGGAGGAGUCUCUGCAGCCCGACAACACGGCGGGCCACCUCCACGACUUGCCGGGGCUUUCCAUGUUCUGGAGCGCGGUGUACGACCAGGUAGACGGGUCCAACUUGGCAUGCAUGGAGGUGGUCGCCAGAUGCUACCAACUAGUGGGGGAGGCGAAGGGCCCCAUGCGUACCGAGGGCCUUGAGUACUACACCGGGCGCGACCAGGGCGGCGCCACUCGGCGCGGCAUCGCCGCGGCGCCAGGGCUGGCGCGCCACGCGACCGAUACGUUGUCAAAGGAGGUGGAGAUCGCCAAGCAGCGCCGCAAGUUCAGGGGGGAGCAGGCGGCGAAACGCGGCGAGGGCAGCCACAACAACAGCAAGCACAAGGGCAAGGACAAGGACAAGCCGAACAAGGAUAGUUCGCCAACGGGGUGA